AUGAAAACUUCUGCGUUUCUUCUUUCCGCGGCGAGAGCGACCUGCCCGGAACAAUGUGCCUGCGAGGGUACUGUUGUUGACUGCACUGGCGCCCAAGUUCAGUACAUUUCUGAACUGGACUUUCCAUCAGAUGUGACUGAAAUCAACUUGUCCGACUCCUCUCUUUCUGCUUUGAGAAGCUUCGACUUCAACGGUGAUAAUGGAGAUUUUGCAAAUCUCGAGACUGUCAUCUUCGACAACGCUGAAAUCGAGUACAUCGACGAUUCUGCUUUCGCAUACUUGCCGAGUCUGAAAUCUGCUUCGUUUGCUGACUCUUCUGUUUCAUAUGUCAGCAAGAAGGCAUUCUACGAAUGCGACAAAAUCGAGAACGUAGACUUCUCAAAUACGAAUCUCAAAUAUCUUGACGCGCACUUUCUCAUCUACGCGGAUAACUUGGAAUCGCUGAACGUAGCUGGAGCUGCCGAGUGCGACUGCGUCAACAACUGGAUGAAACUGUCAGACUUCGAUGAAAUCAUUUCCGGUUACGACUGCGAAAUUAACCUUGAUGAUGCUUCAAAAUGUGCGCCAAAGUCUGUUCUUCCCGAUUACGUGUUCACUUUUCAAGAAGGUCAGCCAGCAACUGCAAUUUGUUUCAUCGUUGGUUCCGACAUAAUGACCAUCGACGUCCAAAACGGUGGAAAAUAUCGAGGACAGCGAAUCAGCCUUUACAAUGUCGGAAUCGAAAACCACGACGAGUACACUUGCACAGCCAAUGCUCUCAAUCACGAGUCUGUUCAGAACUUUUUUACCAUCAAUGUCAUCUCAAGUGAGGAAGCCAAUGAACCAACUGCCGAUGAUGCGAGCACUGAAGAAGAAGUAGUAGAAGUUGAUGAUGAUGAUGAUGAUGAGAAUGAGGUUGACAAUGCACAAGAAGAUAACGAUGAUGAUGAAGACGCAGAGGAAGUCAUCGAAGAAAGUGAAGACAAUGAGUCAGAGGACGAUGAACCUAGUGAGGUCACAUCAGAAGUUCUCUCCACAGAGCGACCAGACGAAUUGGAAGUUAUCUCAGAGGACCUAACUGGUAACGACAGCGAAUCUUCUGAAGAAGAUAGCGAAGCAAGCUCUUGGAAAGAUGUUAGCGCUAAUACAGCAUGUCUGUUCGGCGUUCUUUGCGAAGAAGGAAGCUCCGAAGGAAGCUCAGAAGGCAGUGGUUACGACGGUAGUGGCGAUACGGCUGAAUACUCGUCAGCAAUUUCUCUUCGAUUCUCCUCCAUGUCUCCAGCUUCGCUUUUGCUUGUACUCCUCGUCGCUUGCCUUCUGUAA